AUGCGGGCUAACAUAGUAAGAAAGAUUUUCGGUCGAAAGAAAGCGCCUGCCGAGGAGCCAAAGAAAGUGUAUCCUGUUGUCGAGGAUUUUCUGAUGCUGGCCACCAAGUACUUCUACUCAAUAGGUGUGGUUCCCUACGAAUCGGAUGAGAAACCCCGAUUUGGACUUCACCUGUACCUGGGUUUCCACGUAGCUAAUCUGCUAUUCGUUUGGUUCACAAUGAUGGUGUUUGUGGUGAAUUCUGUUCGUGACAACGAAGACUUUCUCAAGAUUUCCAUGGUUGUGGGCUAUAUUACUUUCGGCAACGUCGGCGUCCUAAAGAUUUUAGUGGUUCAAUUGCAAAAGAGAAAAUUAACCAGCUUGGUGCAAAAUUUGAAGUCCUUAUUUCCACAGCCAAAUAAGGGAACGCACGAGGAUUUUGAUGUAGAGCACUAUCUGAGAUUUAGCAAACUGAUCUCAAAGUAUUUCGGACGCCUUUACGUGGCUAUGAUCGUUAUCAACAGCGCGUCCUCCAUCACACAGUAUGCGAUUCAAAGGUGGUGGCUCCAUUCGGCGAAUGUGGAGUUGACUCUGCCCUAUGUUCCUCUGGCCCCAUGGAACUGGCGCGGAAGCUGGACAUCGUGGCCGACAUACUUGCUCCAGUCGACUGCUGCCUACACUUGCACUUGCGGCUGUUUGUCCGCCGAUCUUAUGAUGUUCGCCGUGGUCAUGCAGGUCAUCAUGCACUUCGAUAGAUUGGCCAAGGCACUCAGGGAGUUCGAUAAAAGGUGUUCAAAUGGAGCUGAGGAGGAUUUAAAUGAGCUGAGAUCCCUGAUCGUCUAUCACAAUCAAGUUCUGAGACUCACGAGCAAGAUGAACGACAUCUUUGGAGUUCCAUUGCUAUUGAACUUUCUCAACUCUUCGAUGCUCAUUUGCAAUGUGGGAUUUCAGUUGACCAUUGGCAUCAGUUUGGAGUAUAUCGGCCGCCAGGUUUUGAUCAUACUCUCGGCUCUGGUGGAGGUCUACCUCAUCUGCUCCUUAAGCCAGAUGCUUAUUAAUGCGAGCAAAAAUGUUAGCCUUGCCGUCUACGAUAUGGAUUGGCUGGAGUACGAUACUAAAUUCCGGAAAAUGCUCGUCCUAGUAGUUAUGCGGGCGCAGAAACCCGUCUCCUUGAAUGCCAAAGCAUUCCUGUCCACAGUCUCAAUGGGGACCAUGACCACUUUCAUGCAAGUAUCGUACAAGUUCUUCUGCGCUAUUCGGAUGAUGUAUCAGUAA